AUGGCAUACAUGUGUAUCACAGGGCUUCUCUUCUUAUUACAAAUCUUAAUGCUACCAGUUCCUGAAUGUAGAGCAAAAGUUCCAGCCAUCAUAGUGUUCGGGGACUCAUCAGUGGAUUCAGGGAACAACAAUUUUAUUUCCACAAUUGCGAAGGGCAAUUUUGCACCUUACGGCCGUGAUUUUCCAGGGGGUGGUGCCACUGGACGAUUCUGCAAUGGCCGCCUACCUCCUGACUUUCUCUCCGAGGCUUUUGGCCUCAAGCCAACUAUUCCUGCCUAUUUGGAUCCAAUGUAUAACAUAUCAGAUUUUGCUACUGGAGUUUGCUUUGCUUCUGCUGGAAGUGGCUAUGACAAUGCCACUGCAGAUGUGCUAGUAAGCAUUCCAUCCAAAAAAUAUUUCAUUUUGAUUCUAAGACAUGCUAGAUUCCACGAACUCAUAUACCUUCUUCCUGUCAUUCCAAACUGUCGAUUCUGUGCUAAAUUUCAUUUUCUAAGCAAAAAUGUGAUAACUAUAGAUAAUUAUUUUUUUUUGCUAAUGGUCACCUAUAUAUUACUGCCAAUGUUGACAUUGCAGGGAGUGAUUCCUUUAUGGCAAGAGCUUGAGCACUACAAGGAUUACCAAAAGAUACUGAAAGCCUAUAUUGGUGCCGUGAAAGCAAAGGAAAUAAUAACAGAGGCUUUAUAUAUAAUGAGCUUAGGAACGAAUGAUUUCUUGGAAAAUUACUACGCAAUCCCUGCCCGACGAUCACAAUUCACCAUCCAACAAUACCAGGAUUUCCUGAUCGGACUUGCUGAGAAUUUUGUAAAGCAACUGUUUGGUCUUGGAGCUCGGAAAUUAUCCCUUACUGGGCUUUCUCCAAUGGGGUGUUUGCCAUUGGAGAGAGCUACAAAUUUCAUGCAUCCAAACAAUUGUGUGAAGGAAUACAACGAUCUUGCUUUAGAAUUUAAUGGAAAGUUGAACAGUUUGGUGGCAAAGCUGAAUGGUGAACUUCCUGGAAUGAAAGUGCUGUUUGCAAAUCCGUACGACUUAUUGCUGCGACUCAUCACAGCACCCUCUCUGUAUGGAUUCGAGAAUGCGGAAGUAGGAUGCUGUGGCUCAGGAUCAUUUGAGAUGGGAAUUCUGUGUACUCGAGACCAUCCACUAACAUGCACAGAUGCAAACAAAUAUAUAUUUUGGGACGCCUUUCAUCUCACUGACAGAACAAAUCAAAUAGUCUCGGCUUAUUUAUUUAAGGAUCUGAAGUCAAAUUUUCUUUGA